ACGACGUCGUUGAAUUUUUCCCACAACUCCUCGAAGCUUCCGGCGUCGUGCUCACCAAUCUCGUCUGAGUGUGAGGUUUUUACGGGUUUAGAUUCAGACAUCAUCUUCUUUUGUCCUGUCUAGUCUUCUACCUGUUCCGAUCUGAUAUAAGGGAUUGCUAAGCUCACAAAUCACUAGUGGCUUUUGCAAGAAUGGGAUUGUUGAAGAAAAAGGAUUCAACUUCAACUCGCUCCUCUACUUCCCCCUGCGCCGAUUUGCGAACUGCUUACCACAACUGCUUCAAUAAAUGGUACUCGGAGAAGUUUGUGAAAGGGCAAUGGGAUAAAGAAGAUUGUGUUGCUGAGUGGAAUAAGUACAGAGACUGUCUCUCGGAGAAUUUAGAUGGUAAACUCCUCGCUCGCAUGUUGGAGGUUGAUAGUGAGCUGGAUCUAACAAAGCAAGCCGAUUCAAAAGAAUCCAGUCGAUGAUACUUGACCCUUGAUGUUUCUCAAUGACAUUGUCUCUUUGAAAACAUAUCCAUUAAGCAACUCUUUUUUUUUAUAGGAAACCAUACAAGUACUUAUCAAAGUAGAAGGAGAAUGAUGUACUCUUUAUUUGACC